AUGUUUCGUGACAGUAUGGAUAAGAUGGAGGCGAUGCUUCGAGGCAGCAUGAGCAAGAUGGACAGCAACUAUCUGGCCGAACCAGACGUGGCUAUGAUGUCAACGGAACCUGCGCCCACUGCCGCGUAUCAAGCAAAGUCCCCGUUAUUUCGCGAGUGCAUGGCCGAGUUUCUCGGUAUGCUAGUUUUCAUGUUGUUCGGCACGGGCGUCGUCGCACAAGUCGUUCUGAGCGAGGGAUCGAAAGGUGAAUUCCUAAGCAUCAACUUAUGCUGGGGGCUCGGCAUUCUCUUUGGGAUUCACGUUUGUGGUGGUGUCUCCGGUGCACAUUUGAACCCCGCGGUGACAGUGUCGCUGGCGCUGUUCGGCCGGUUCAAGUGGAAGAAAGUCCCGUAUUACGUAGCAGCUCAACUACUGGGGGCUUUCGGGGCGUCAGCCAUUGUCUGUAUGGUGUACGCCCCAUUGAUCAACGCCACAGACCCGCACAAGACCGAAACACAGGGGAUUUUUGCUACCUAUCCAUACAGCGACGACGUUCCCACGGGCACUUGCUUUCUGACUGAAGUCGUAGGCACGGCACUACUCGUUGGCUGCUUAUUUGCCAUUGGGGAUGACAUGAACAAGCCUGCGAGUCCAUACUCGCAGCCUGGAGCGGUGGCCCUUCUGGUGGUGGCAAUCGGAAUGGCCUUCGGUAUGAACACCGGAUACGCCAUUAACCCGGCUCGUGACCUCGGCCCACGUCUGUUUUCGCUGUGUGCUGGCUGGGGAACAAAUGUGUUCACCCUGAACGACUCGUACUUUUGGGUGCCGAUCGUGGCUCCGAUUCUAGGAGGUCCCAUUGGCGCUGGCAUGUACGUCGUCCUGGUGGAGCAGCACCAUCCCGUCGAAUACAGCCACCAGCGUGCGUAA